AUGAAAAAUUGUUCUCAGUCUUUUUUAUUUACUACAAAGUUAUCAUAAAUCAUUCGAAACGGAUGUACUGUUACAUUAACGGUUUAUCAGAACAGACUAUUAUUAAGUGGACUCAGAAAAACAAGUAGAAGUGAAAAAAUUGAUAAAGAAAUCAAUUUUUAAACUACACAUUAUGUUCUAAAUUGGGAAUACUCUCAGUAAAAUUAAACAAUAUACUUUAUAGUCAUUCUAAAGACAUUGAAGGUUUCACUCUAUGUAAAUAAAAUACUAAAAGGUAUACCUUUGGUGGUAGCAAUGACCAGCUCAGCUAGUUAAAAAGUAUUUUAAGUGGUUUAAUUGGUUUUACAAACUGGGAAUAAGAUUAUAAAUUUGUUAAACAUGUCAGAAACAACUAGAAAUGUUAAGUAUCAUUAUAUACUAAUCAUUUUUAGAUAAUGCUUGUCAAACAAGAAAAUCAGUUUUAAGUUAUCAAACUCAUUGAUUAUCAAGAAGUAAAUAACCAAUAAAAAACAAUUUAGACCCCAGAAGAAUUACUGGCACUGAAACUAAUUCAAAAGAACCCUCAUCCAAAUGUACUUGGCUUUAAUUCAUAUUACAUUGAUAACAUACAUUGCUACCUUGUUAUGGAUUAUUUAUCUCAAGGCACACUCUAUGAUCUUUAGAAAAUGUACAAUUUUAAUAUACCAAUACAUAUCAUCUAAGAAGUGAUGUAACAGAUUUUAGAAGGUAUUUUUAUAUCUAUUUAAAAUAGGUUUAAAUCAUUUGCAUUAAUUAAAAAUCAUACAUCGAGAUAUUAAAUAUGAUAAUAUCAUGAUUGCUUCUUUUAACCCUCUAUAAAUCAAAAUUAUUGAUCUAGGACUCUGUCUACUCAAUAAUCCUUCAAAUUCUAGAGCUGGAACUGGAGGAUAUAUUGCUCCUGAAGUGUUUUCAUCUUCUAGAAUCACUGAAAAAAUUGAUAUUUUUAGUGCAGGAGCUGUAUUUCAUAAAUUACUUAUUGGUAAACCUAUUUAUGAAGAUCUUGGUCAAAAUCAAACAGGUGAUAUUCGAAUUAGUUCUCAUAUUAAAAAUAAAAAUGCUCUUGAUUUAUUGCAUCAAAUGCUAAACUUCGAUCCUAAAUUAAGAUAUAAUGCUUAUGACUGUAUCGCUCAUCCUUUCUUUACUGAUGAAUCUGAUUAAUUGUCUUCGAAGUAUUUCAAUUAUUUAAAAUAAGAACUUAAUUGUACUAGUAUUUAUCCCCAAAAUAAGCUAAAUUAUAAGUCCACACUCCAGCAACAGAUUUCAUUUCAAAUUAGAAUGUGUACCCAUUUAAGCUUAAUUGAU